AUGGCAUACAACAAAGCCUUCAAUCCCGAUGCCUUGCCUGCUCACGCAGAGCCCGAGCAGGCUGCGCAAGCUCUCAGUCAACUUGAAGCAAAUCGCAAACCCUUCCGUCCUAAUCCAAACCAACCACCACCCUUGAAUUCAAUCUCCCAGCAGCCUGCGUCAGCUGGUGGCCGUCGUCCGUCCCCUGCGGGAAUCCCCCAAAAUCCCUAUCGACCGCCUCCUGUCCAGACAAACCCACAGCAACAACGCCCUAUACACAAUCAACCUUAUGGAGACAACCAGUAUUCUCGCUUACAAUCGCCCCCUCCAAUGAGCUACGGCUAUGGGAUACGACCCCAGGUUGAUCCUGCCAAUGUGCGACAUCAAUAUCCGGCAAGGACGCCUGCGCCUCAAGAUCCUGACACGGUUGAUUUGCAGCCUCUUUUCCGUGCUGCAAAUGCAUCGGGGACUGGUUCACUCACGACAACAGAGCUGGGUUCGGCCUUGGUGAAUGCCGACUUCACGCCUUUUGAUAGUCGAACCAUCACUUCGUUGAUGCGCAUGUUCACCAACUCCCCUCCAAACCAGCCUCAAGGUCCGACCAUCACCUACCAAGAAUUUGAAAAUCUUUGGCGCUUCCUCGCCGCCUGGCGCACCCUGUUCGAGAAAUUCGAUGAGGAUAGGAGCGGCCGGGUAUCGUUGGCAGAGUUCUCCAAGGCUCUGACGGCAUUUGGCUAUCGGCUGUCUCCGCCUUUCGUCAACAUUCUGUACAACACGUUCAAUGAUCGAAGUCCCAUCCAGAACCAAGGCAUGAGCUUUGAUCUAUUUGUGCAAUCUUGCAUCAGUCUGAAAAGGAUGACAGACGUCUUUAAGAAAUACGACGAUGACCGGGACGGUUAUGUCACGAUGAGCUUUGAAGAAUUUCUAACCGAGAUUCUGCGAUUACGGGACUAA